CACACAUACCGUCAUAUAUUAAAGAAAUUAAAAUGAGUGCUAAAUCUGAAGCCAUAUUCGGUUUGCAAUGCUUUUGGGGCUCAGAAGUCAAGUUCGGUAUCUUAGAGGGUGUUAUCAGUACGAGUGUGGGCUAUACAGGGGGCUCCACACCCCACCCCACCUAUAAGAACCUGUCAGACCAUACAGAAGUGGUUAAAGUGGUGUUCGACUCCAAUAUAAUUACAUAUUCGCAAUUGUUGGAGACGUUGUGGUCAAGUCAUGAUCCGGUGGCAACUUAUAAGACUCAGUACAAGUCGGCCAUAUUCUGCACGACUGACCCACAGAAGCAAUUGGCCGAAGAGUCACUGCAAGCAAAACAGACACAACUGUCGCAACCAAUUGUCACCGAAAUACUGGCUCUAAAUGUUUACUAUUUGGCUGAACAUUACCACCAAAAGUAUUUCCUACGCAAACAUCCGACACUACUGUCAGAGUUGGCCCUAACGGACAGCCAACUGGUGGACAGUCCGGUGGCCACUCGUCUCAACUCUUACUGCGCAGGCUUUGGAUCAGUUCAACAGUUGGACAAUGACUUGAAAAGCCAUGGUUUGCGACUCAGUCCACACAAUGAGGCACUCGUUAAAGAGCUCAUCAGAGGGGGACCUAAUUUGGGGGAAUGUUAGCACCACUUGACCACUACUACCAC